CCGGCAGACAGGCGGGCGGGCGGCGGGGACCGCCACUGCUCCCGCUCUGGGAAGGAAGAGAAAUGGGAGUGAGAACGUUGAGCCUUUCCUGGCAGUUCUUGAUAGUUCUGGUUUUGAGCCUGCAAAUCUUGUCCGCGUUGGAUUUGGACCCAUACAGAGUCCUCAGGGUCAGCCGCGCUGCCAGCCAGGCUGAUAUUAAAAAGGCUUAUAAGAAGCUCGCCCGGGAAUGGCAUCCUGACAAAAAUAAAGAUCCCGGAGCAGAAGACAAGUUCAUUCAGAUUAGCAAGGCUUAUGAGAUUCUUUCCAAUGAAGAAAAGAGAUCCAACUUUGAUCGCUAUGGAGAUGCUGGUGAAAACACCGGGUACCACCAGGCCCAGCAGCCGCAGGGUCACCACUUCCACCAUUUCCAUGACAGCUUUUACUUUGAUGAAUCAUUUUUUCAUUUCCCGUUCCAUUCGGAGCGUCGAGACUCAUCCGAUGAGAAGUAUCUGCUGCACUUUUCCCAUUAUGUCAACGAGGUGGUGCCGGACAGCUUCAGAAAGCCCUACCUCAUCAAGAUUACCUCAGACUGGUGCUUCAGCUGCAUCCACAUCGAGCCCGUCUGGAAAGAAGUGGUACAGGAGCUGGAGGGAUUAGGUGUGGGAAUUGGUGUUGUCCACGCUGGUUAUGAAAGACGGCUGGCCCAUCACCUGGGAGCCCACAGCACGCCCUCUAUCCUAGGAAUUAUAAAUGGGAAAAUCUCAUUCUUUCACAAUGCGGUUGUUCGAGAGAAUCUUCGACAGUUUGUGGAGAGCCUCAUUCCAGGAAACUUGGUGGAGAAGGUCACCGAUAAAAAUUACGUCCGAUUUCUCUCUGGCUGGCAGCAAGAGAAUAAGCCUCAUGUACUUCUGUUUGACCACAUGCCACUGGCACCAUUGCUAUACAAGUUGAUUGCUUUUGCCUACAAGGAUUACUUGUCAUUUGGAUAUGUAUAUGUCGGCUUAAGAGGGACUCAAGAGAUGACCAGUCAGUACAAUGUCAACAUCUACACUCCUACCAUGUUGGUCUUCAAGGAACAUAUAGACAAGCCAGCUGAUGUCAUACAGGCUCGAGGUUUGAAGAAACAGACCAUUGAAGACUUCGUCUCCCAAAACAAGUACCUCCUAGCAGCGAGACUUACCAGCCAGAAGAUGUUUCAUGAGCUGUGCCCUGUGAAGAGGUCUCAUCGCCAAAGAAAGUACUGUGUGCUCUUGCUGAUUCGGGAAGGAACAAAGUCAAAUCCAGAUUUUGAAGCUUUCUUGUCCUUUGCGUUGGCAAACAGCCAGGACACAGUGAGGUUCGUGCAUGUCUACAGCAACCGGCAGCAGGAGUUUGCCAACACAUUGCUACCCAGCAGUGAAACAUUUCAGGGGAAAUCUGCGGUCUCUAUCUUAGAAAGGCGUAACACAGCCGGGAAGGUGGUAUACAAAACUCUGGAAAAUCCCUGGACUGGAAGCGAGAAGGAUAAGUUCAUCCUUCUGGGCUAUCUGGAUCAGCUACGGAGAGACCCCGCUCUUCUUUCCUCCGAGGCCAUCUUACUUGAUCUGGUGGAUGAACUUGCUCCUGUGUUUUUCCUUCGAUGGAUAUACUCCACUUCUGAGUACUUUUCAGACUUCUGGGACAGUGUACUUCACAACAAUUGGCGAGAAAUGAUGCCCCUUCUGUCCCUGAUCUUUUCCGCUCUCUUCAUUCUUUUUGGAACAGUCAUUGUUCAAGCUUUCAGUGAUUCCAGUGAGGAUCAAGAGUCACGGCCUCCUGAGAAAGAAGUCAGUGAGAAGACUGAGAAGACCGAGACCUGCUUCAGCAAAGAGAACAGCAGCAGAAUUCCCAAGAAGGGUUUUGUGGAGGUGACUGAGCUUACAGACGUCACAUACAUGAGUAACCUAGUUCGACUGAGGCCAGGUCACAUGAAUGUCGUCCUUAUUCUGUCUAACUCCACCAAGACCAGCCUGCUUCAGAAGUUUGCUUUUGAGGUGUACACAUUCACUGGGAGCAGCUGCCUUCACUUCUCCUUCCUGAGUCUUGAUAAGCACCGAGAAUGGCUGGAAUAUCUCUUAGAGUUUGCCCAGGAUGCUGCUCCCAUCCCAAACCAGUAUGAUAGGCAUUUCUUGGAGCGUGACUACACUGGCUACGUCCUGGCUUUGAACGGACACAAGAAAUACUUCUGCCUCUUCAAGCCCCAGAAAACAGUAGAUGACGAGGAAACCAUAGGUCCAAGUGGUGACCUUGACACUUCUCUCCAUCUGGGCGAGACUCGAGGGAAACCUUUCUGUAAUUCUGGAUCCAAACCCAUCAAAGGCAAACUAAGCAAGCUGUCCUUAUGGAUGGAACGCCUUUUGGAAGGCUCUUUACAAAGAUUCUAUAUCCCAUCGUGGCCUGAACUAGACUGAGAGGAUUUUUUAAAAAGAGAUUCAGCCCCUCCAGACUUUGUAAGAAGAUAAGCAGGACUGUCCAAACCAUCACAUCAGACAGACAGUAGGUUUUAGAUACUCUUCUAGGACAGUGGCUAGGAGAAUCCUCCCUUUGGCUUGCUCUAACCUAAGAGUGAAAUAUACCACAAGUUGAAUUCUCUGUACCAAAAUGUUUGGGGUUUUUUCCUCAUUUGGAUGCCGCACUAUUUAAAGCAGACAUUCUCUCUUCCUCUCAUGUCCUCACCACGUGUUCUUCCCAUAUUUUGUUCUGUCUCUUCCAUGGAGAGACCCCAUGACUCAGAGAAAACUGAGCCUUAUGAAGCUCGUGGGCAGAGGCAGUCACCUCCCCCCCUUUCUCAUCCCUCUCUGUCCUCUUCCCACUGUGCUCCUGCCUCAGUGCCUGCAAUAAUCCUGGGGCGAGGGUGGGAGGGGGUACCCUGGAAGUGGCCAGGAGUGUAUUUGGGGGCAUCCCCCUUUAGCAGACUGUGAGCUGUCUUUCCUGCACUGACAAGCUGAGCAGGGGCCCUGCAUAUGCAUUCAUUUUUUUUUCCAGGGGAAGGGAAGAGCAAAAGUGUCCGAGACUUUGCAGUUCCAUGUUCUUGAUGUCGUGGCCUAAAGAGUCCAGACAAGCCUCACCUGCUUAGCCCAUAGCCCAGGCGAGGGGGACACCAAGGGAGCGCUGCGGCCACUCUGAGCCAUUGCAAUGUCUAUUGUCUUCAGAUGCCUUUUUGUCUCAGCCAGUUGUAGGGCACUCUCUUAACUAGGAGCCAUAACCUCUGGUUGGGUUCUCAGAUGUAGGGAUAAGCUACCAUGAGCCAGUAGAUGCAUAGAACCCAAGUCAAACACUUCUCCUUUGUCUCGAGUCAACCUGAAGGAAUCUUUUCAACCCCCAGGGCACAGCUUUAGGACAACAGACAUUUCUUUGUAUCAAGGAACUUAAAAUUUGCCAGUAAUUGUUUUGAAUUCUGUUGCCUGCACAGUGCUGUCAAAUUGUGUCACCAGUGGAACCACUCUAGUUGUAGCAGCCCAUUUAGAUGAUGCUUGGUUUCAGCCUCUGGCCCAUUUUGACAGGUCAUCUCAGCCAUUUUCCAUAUUAACUUACCAUCACCCUCAGCAACUUCAGGGUCAGACUGAAAUUGCCAGCUGUUUCGGCUUGGUUGGCUCCAGAUGGGACGGUGCCAACCUGUUAGAGCUGACCCCUUCUUUAAGGACAGAGCUACCAGGAGAUAGUAAAGGCUGACUGCCUUCGAAAAUGUCAGCAUGACCUACUCAUCUCUAAAACAGGAGGCAGAAACCAGAGACAGGGCUCAUAGGAAAAUGACGUGGGUUUUUUUAAAUUAUAAUUGCUUUAGACUAUAUCAUUUGACUGCAGAAUAACCCAGAAGCAGUUACAUUGUGAGUGCGUGCAGGGGUAAAGUGGUGAAUGAUUUAAACCAAGAUUCUUCCAAAAUUAUCCAUUGGGGGUGGGGGAGAACCCAGUGCCAGCCUUCCCUCUCCCCUUGAUCCUCCAAGAAAUGCUUGAGUAGCCUUGGCAGCCUUUGUCUUGGGACCCACCUGACAGAGCUAGAGCACUGGCACCAGCCAAGUCACCAUUUGACUUUCUAGUCCAGCGAUGCUCAGCCUUGUCCCUGGGCCCCAUGUGAUUAGGGUGAGAGGGGCUGCAGAAGAGAAUGGACUCAUGCAUUUGCUUGGGCUUCCAGUGCAGCCGUGAGCUUUUCUUUUUAAUUCCUGUUCGCAUGGGCUUCCUCACCUUAGGUUCUGAAAACCAAAAACCUCUUCCUAAACUUGCUGCUUCUUUUUUUUGCACUUUGCCUUGUGUAGACAAUGCAAACCAAGUGGCCAGAUGUACUUUCAGCCCCGCUCCUACUAACACAAGGCCACUGAGUUUCGACUGGGGCCGCUGCUGGGGAAGGUGCUAGUCCUGACAGCUCCCCCAGAAGUCUUUUUUGGGGCAAGGGUUUUUGUCAAGUUAAAAGAAGAUUUUAAAUGAGGGACUUGGUAAUUGAUCUCUAAGAUCCCUCCCAACUCUGACACUGUGUUCUAAGGUCUGUUAGAAUGGUCCUACCAUUCUGUGGAUAUGGGUUUGUGAUUCCUUUUGUACAAUAUGGAUUUUGCUUUUUUCUUUUCAAACUGAACCCCUCAAUAAUCUAAGCCUUUCCUCCAAAGAUAGUCUCAACUGCUAUUAUUUGCUCUUAUUUUGGAGGCACCUGCAUAAAGGAUGAAUUAUUUAUUCAAACCAGCUUUCUAAUUUAAAGUGAACUUUGAGGUAUGACCAAGUUGAUGAAGCCACUUACAGUUAGGUUCUUUCUUCCUGAUUGGUAAAGGACUCUGUACGUAAGUGUGUUCACUGCUGAGAAUAGAUACAUAAACGCAUGACAACUGAGCCAAAACAAGUUUGUGAGAACAUUGCUUCAUUUCAAAAGGAAAACGCCUCUUUCCAUUGUCCUCCCAGUCUUCAAAGCCGUGACCUUCAGCAGAGCAAUAAUAGCCUAAGCCCAGCCCCCCUGUCAUUAAACACCCUCAAAUGCUCUCCCCACCCCCAGCCCAGCACUGGGAGAGGUUACCCAGCAACAGCAGUGCUCGUCUCACCAAUGCCGUCUGGACCCAUCUACCACGACCACGCAGGUGUGCGGGGGCUCCCAGCCGAAAAGCAAUAGGCUUGCGUGGGUAGGAAUUAAGGAUGGGGAACACACACAGAGAUCCUGUUUUUAUUUUAUUUUAUUUUUUAGUAAAAAUUCUCAGAAACUGAAGCAAAGCAUCUUUGCAACAAAGGGAAAUUUAGCUGACAGCCAAACCCUGACGUUCCUGCUUGAGAGCAGUCUGACUGGGCUACAGUCAGCAGCAUCCGACAGUUGUUGGGCAGGUGGGUGGGCAGGCUGUCAGUUCAAUGCAAGUCUGGAGAGGGAGUGGUCAUACCUGAGAGAGAGCUCUGAAAAGAAGGUGAAUAUUUUGCACUUUUGAUACUCUUAGCAACAAAUAACUUAUUUAGCAAAUUGUCUUUUUUUUAUGUUUUUUGUAUUGUGAACAGGCAUUGAUGUUAUUUUUGUUUUAAGACUUACAGACUGGAAACUGAAAUAAACUAUUUUAAUGUGUGA